UCACAUAAACAAAGAAGCUGAAGAAAACGAGACGCUUUUGGACCUCACCGUCGCGCUCUCUCUCUCUACUGCAAUCAACAUGGACUACAGCUCUGAAGAUGAAUCCGAUAUUAGUGAGUCCGAGAUCAAUGACUACAAAGAUAAACCAUAUGAGCGAUUAAGGGAGGGAAUGUAUAUGGUAAAGUGUCCUAAUGGAGCUCUCAGAUGCCCAUUUUGUGUGGGGAAGAAGAAGCAGGAUUACAAGUUUAAGGAACUGUUCCAGCAUGCGUCUGGAGUGGCUAAGGGUUCUGCUAACAGGAGUGCGAAACAGAAGGCAAAUCACCUUGCCUUGGCCAUCUAUUUGGAGACUGAUCUAGCAAGUGAAGCAGACCCAACAGAACUUCCAGUUUUGCCUACACCUGUCGCUCACCAAGAGAAGGAAGAAGAUCUCUACGUGUGGCCUUGGACUGGCAUCAUUGCAAACAUAGUGAGCCAACCAAAGGACCCAAAAGAUCUUGAUUCUCGAUACUGGUUGAGAAGGUUUGCUCAAUUUAGACCUACCGAAGUUCAUACAUUGUGGACUGAAGAGGAUCGAGCUACAUGUGCUGUGGUUUACUUUAAUGCAGAUUGGACUGGUUUGGGGAAUGCGACAGAUUUUGAGAAAAUGUUUGAAACAGAUCAUCACAGUAAAAUGGAUUGGAAUACAAGAAAGCAACAGCCGGGCUCAAGCAUCUAUGGGUGGUGUGCACGUGCUGAUGAUUAUCAUUCCCAAGGGCCAAUUGGGGAGUUUCUUCGCAAAACUGGAAAGUUAAGAACAGUAUCCGACAUUGUCCAGGAAGCAGCUCAAAACAGAAAUGAUGAGGUGGCCAACCUAGCCAACAAAAUUGAGUUGACAAAUGAAAACCUGUUGAAAGCACAGUACAAGUACAAUGAGAAGACGAUGUCUUUAAGUAGGAUGCUUAAAGAAAAAGACAAGCUACACAAUGACUUUGUUAAAGAAACGAAGAAGAUACAGGACAUAGCAAAACAUAAUGUCAAGAGAAUAUUAGAGGAACAAGAGAAACUGAAUCAUGAGUUGGAAUAUAAGAAAAAGAAACUUGAUACCUGGAGCAAAGAAUUAAACAAACGUGAAGCACUGACUGAGCGUGAGAGACAAAAACUUGAUGAGGAUAAGAAGAAGAAUGAUGAGAGAAACAAUUCCCUUAAUUUAGCUUCUGAGGAGCAGAAAAAGGCUGAUGCGAGUGUCUUGAGGCUGGUUGAACAACAAAAGAGGGAAAAAGAGGAUGCCUUAAAUAAAAUACUUGAGUUAGAAAAGCAGUUGGAUGCUAAACAGAAGUUGGAAAUGGAGAUUGAAGAGAUAAAAGGGAAAUUAGAGGUGAUGAAGCAUCUUGGGGAUCAAGAUGAUGAUGCAGUUCAAUCGAAGAUCAAAAAAAUGGAAGAUGAAUUGGGGGAAAAAGUUGAUGAACUUGAGGAUUUAGAAUCACUAAAUCAAACUCUAAUCACCAAAGAACGCCAAAGCAAUGAUGAGUUACAAGAGGCUCGCAAAGUAUUAAUAGCAGGUUUAAGUGAAUUGUUGAGUGGUCGAUCUCAUAUUGGGAUAAAGAGAAUGGGUGAUCUCGAUCAGAAACCCUUCUUGAAAGCAUGCAAGGAACGGUACUCUCUUGAGGAAGCAGAGAUGCAGGCCUUCACUCAAUGCUCCUUAUGGCAAAAUAAUCUGACAAAUUCAGAGUGGCAUCCAUUCAAGAUUGUAACUGUUACUGAGCAGCCCGAGGAAAUAGUCAAUGAGGAAGAUGAGAAACUGAGAAGUCUGAAGGAGGAUUGGGGCACUGAUAUAUAUGAGUGUGUCGUGACAGCCCUGAAAGAACUCAAUGAGUACAAUCCAAGUGGGAGGUAUGUUAUCCCUGAACUGUGGAAUUUUAAAGAAGGAAGGAAAGCCACGUUGAAGGAGGUUAUCUCUUUUGUUUUAAAGAAUAUAAAGACACUCAAGCGAAAGAGAAAGUGAAGUAAAGGCAAUGUUAGCAGAAGCAGAUGAAAUACGGAGCGCAGUACAUAUACAGACUAGUUGGAUGGACAGGGCAACGGGGCAGCGCACCGUGUUCUUUUGGGGGACUGUAUUUACGUGUUUAAGUUUCGCCUCUGCGAUUACAAGAGCUUGCCGUAAUUGCUGUAACAAUACUUUUGACUGCUUAUGAACCUCAAGUUAUCUUUGUAAAUAUGCUUUCACCAUCUCUGUUGUCCAUGGCUUUUACAAACUUUACAGUAAUGAAUGCGUUUUGCCGUUUUGGUGA